GAUCCAGAGGGGAGUGGGGCUGGCCUGGACCCACAUGUGGUCCCACAAUAGGCUAGGCGGAGCAGGGCUGACUCCCCUUCCAGUGCUCUGCCCAGAGUGCCCUUGGUGGCCCCCUCAUGAGUCCGUCCUGAGACUGAACGAGCUCUAGUGGGGGUCUGGGAGUGGAGGGGAACCCCAGGUCCCCUAGUCCUUCCACCUGGCACAGCCAGGGCGCCUGGCACUGGGUGUGACUGAGGCAGCCUGGACUUGCUGGGAGGCUCCAGGGUGGCGCCGCACCCGCCCAGCACCCUGGACAGCGCCACGCGCUGGGCCUCCCGACAGCUGUCUACCAGCUUCGCUUUGGCUUCUCUGGGGUGGCCCCUGCUCUGAUAAAGCCGCUCUUCUGUUGUCUUCUUUGCCUCCUCUCUUAACUCCCCCUUAAAGGCAGUCCCAAGCCCAGUUCCCUCCAUUAAGCACAAAGAUUCACUCAACUCUGGCUCCCCGAGCCAGGGUGAGAGGACGUGGGACGAGGCCAGCAGGCUGGCUGCUGGCAGCCUGGGGCUGUCUCUGUCGCUCACCAGUGGGAAUGGAGGGGCCUGCAGGGGGCGCUGGACCCUUCCCCAGUUCCUCCUUGCCUGGAUCUUCUCCAGAGGGCUUUGGUGCAUUCUGGAGGGCACAACAGACGCAAGAGGUCCAGUGGAGUCCCAGGAGCAGCCAGGAAGGGGUGGACCCAGUGGCUGCCAUGGACGAGGAUCAGCUCCCCUCUGCACUGCCCGAGGAAGGUGGUGCUGCCUGGGACCCCAGCCUGGAACCUGAGGAGGAGCCCGGGGUCCAGAGUGGACCAGCCUCUGGCGAGGGCCUGGGCAGCAGCUUCAGCAGCCCAGGGCACGAGCAAAGGGGCAUGCUGGUGGGCACUGAAGAGCCCACAAAGGACCCAGAUGUGGCCCUCCGUGGCCUCAGCCUUGACCUCUCUCUCACCAAUGGCCUCGUCCUGGGGCCAGACUCGAGCAUUCUGGAAGAUUCAACAGAUCCCAGGCCCUGGAGGACUGGUGGGCUGGCAGAGGGGGACGAUGCCCCCAGGAGCCUCUGUUCAGACCCCGAGGAUCCUCAGCUGGGGCUGGGCGGUCCCGGGGAGCCAGAUGUGCGCGACGGCUUCAGUGCCACGUUUGAGAAGAUUCUGGAGUCAGAGCUGCUGCGGGGCACCCAGUACAGCAGCCUCGACUCGCUGGACGUGCUGAGCCUCACGGACGAGAGCGACAGCUGCGUCAGCUUCGAGGCCCCCCUCACGCCGCUCAUCCAGCAGCGGGCCCGCGACAGCCCUGAGCCCGGGGCCGGGCUGGGCAUUGGGGACAUGGGCCCCGAGGGGGGCAUGGGGGCAGCGGGUGGCGACGGGGAGCUGGGCAGCCCCCUGCGGCGCUCCAUCUCCAGCAGCCGCUCAGAGAACGUCCUGAGCCGCCUGUCUCUCACGGCCAUGCCCAAUGGCUUCCACGCAGACGGACCCCGGAGCCCAGGUGGGGACGAGGAUGACGAGGAGGAGGAUACGGACAAGUUGCUGAACUCGGCCAGCGACCCCAGCCUGAAGGACGGCCUGUCGGACUCGGACUCGGAGCUGAGCAGCUCGGAGGGGCUGGAGCCCGGUGGCACAGACCCGCUGGCCAACGGGUGCCAGGGGGUCAGCGAAGCUGCCCGCCGGCUGGCACGGCGCCUCUACCACCUGGAGGGCUUCCAGCGCUGCGACGUGGCCCGGCAGCUGGGCAAGAACAAUGAGUUCAGCAGGCUGGUGGCCGGGGAGUACCUCAGUUUCUUCGACUUCUCGGGCCUGACUCUGGACCGAGCGCUCAGAACAUUCCUGAAGGCUUUCCCACUGAUGGGGGAGACGCAAGAGCGUGAGCGGGUCCUUACCCACUUCUCCCGCCGGUACUGCCAAUGCAACCCUGAUGACAGCACCUCGGAAGAUGGCAUCCACACGCUCACCUGCGCCCUGAUGCUGCUCAACACAGACCUGCACGGACACAACAUCGGCAAGAAGAUGUCCUGCCAGCAAUUCAUUGCCAACUUGGACCAGUUGAAUGACGGCCAAGACUUUGCCAAAGACCUGCUGAAGACCCUUUACAACUCCAUCAAGAAUGAAAAGCUGGAAUGGGCCAUUGAUGAGGAUGAGCUGAGGAAAUCCCUGUCUGAGCUGGUGGAUGACAAGUUUGGGACAGGCAUGAAGAAGGUGACACGUAUCCUGGAUGGUGGCAACCCCUUCCUGGAUGUCCCGCAGGCUCUCAGUGCCACCACCUACAAGCAUGGCGUGCUGACCCGGAAGACUCACGCCGACAUGGAUGGCAAGAGGACGCCCCGUGGGAGGCGUGGCUGGAAGAAAUUCUACGCGGUGCUCAAAGGGACCAUCCUGUACCUGCAGAAGGAUGAGUACAGGCCGGACAAAGCUCUGUCAGAGGGCGACUUGAAGAACGCCAUUCGCGUGCACCAUGCCCUGGCCACCCGGGCCUCCGACUACAGCAAGAAAUCCAACGUGCUCAAGCUGAAGACGGCCGACUGGAGGGUCUUCCUCUUCCAGGCACCGAGCAAGGAAGAAAUGCUGUCCUGGAUCCUUAGGAUCAACCUGGUGGCGGCCAUCUUCUCGGCCCCGGCCUUCCCGGCUGCGGUCAGCUCCAUGAAGAAGUUCUGCCGGCCCCUGCUGCCCUCCUGCACCACCCGACUCUGCCAGGAGGAGCAGCUGCGGUCCCAUGAGAAUAAGUUGAGGCAGGUGACUGCAGAGCUGGCCGAGCACAGGUGCCACCCAGUCGAGAGGGGCAUCAAGUCCAAGGAGGCCGAGGAGUUCCGGCUGAAGGAGCACUAUCUCACGUUCGAGAAAAGCCGUUAUGAGACCUAUGUCCACCUCCUGGCUGUGAAAAUCAAAGUGGGCUCUGACGAUCUGGAGCGAAUUGAGGCCCGGCUGGCCACCCUGGAAGGGGACGACCCCUCUCUCCGGAAGACACACUCGAGCCCUGCCCUCAGCCAGGGCCACGGGCCUGUGACUGGCAGCAAAGCCACAAAGGAUGCCACUGGGCAUGACACUUAGCUGGGUGGCUGCGCAGGCCCUGGAGGCAGGCAGAUGCCCCCACAGGGGUCAGUGAGCACAGUUCCAGCCAGGGCCCACGCGGACCACGCUCGGGCAGUGGACGCGCAGCCAGGGGCGCGGGGAGAGCCCGUGGGCCGAGGAGAUGGCGAUGCCGUUCACGGCGCGGACCCUCCUGUAUCCUGGGCAUCUCUGCGCCUCGGACCCUCUCUCCAGCCCUCCCUCCCUGCCUCCCCGCCACAGAGCCUCCUCGUGCAGGGCAGCUGUGCGCAUGCUCGCCGGAGGAGCUGGAAGGGGCUUCCUUUUCUCACCAAGCUCCUCCCCCGUGUCCUCAUCUGCAAGGACAGGUCUGGACUGCAGGUCCCAGCGUGGCGCCCACCCGUUCUCCGCCUCCUCCCCUGAGUUGAGCAGCAGCGGGUCUGCGGACCACCAGCACCAGCCUCCCUGCCCUCCUCCCGGCGCCCCCGGCCGGGCGCGGGGCUCCCGCCUCACGUCGCGAUAAGCCAGGCCGGGCGCUCGCUCAGUGGCGAGUGGGCUGCACGCACGUGUGUGCGCACGUCUCCUGCCGCCCGCAGAGGCCCCUGCUGCCUCCUUUUUAUACAGACAUAAACGUACACAUCUAAGGAGAAUACGUGUAUAAGGAACCCCUGUAAAGACGGUCUGGGAGCGGACCACCGUCAGAGCACGAAGUCACAUAGAGGAAGACCGGUUUCGGAGCUCCGCCUGGUAGGGAGGAGGCCGCCCUGGCUGGCGCUCAGGUGGGGGCGAGGGGGAGCCGCCGACCUUCCUCGCCCCGCUCUGCCCUCUGCUGGCUGACCUGGGACUCGCACUGCUCUCACAGCUGACGCCUUUGGGAAAAACAGAGCGCGUGUGCACCACCCCAUCUGUCCCAUGGACAUUCUGGGGUGCGAGUGGGAUGGGACGAUGGCCCUGUUUAUAUCUGGGUUCCUGCGUUGGUGCUGCCAGGUCUCUGAGCUCCAGAGGUGACUUUUUGGACAGAUCUACUACUACAGGAAUAAAAGACACUCUGCCUUGCAAAUAGCCACUUGUCAACAAGCCCAAAGAUGUGUGGUGUGGUGGGGAAGGUAGUGGAAGCCACUGAUUGUUGGUCUUGGGAAAGGGUGGAAUGACAAGUUGUUGUUUUUAGGUUGCUAUUUCUUUCAUUUUUCUAGUGAACCAGAAAGGCGUAGCUAAGAACAUGUCUGGGAAGACUAGAGAACGUUGCCACGUGAUGAUCGUAGGUUAGCACCCUUUCACCCUGCAGUCCUCGGACUGGCAGGUGGGUGGUGGUGAUGGCAGGCUAGAGCGGCUGUGCUGAGCAGACCUCUCUACUGUUUACAUCACUGUAGUUCGGUCAGCAAUUGGACCUCUGUGGCCAUGUAUUUAGUUAAUAAAAUAACCCAGCCUUGCAACUAAGUACCUAACAGUUACAAGCCCUCUCACAUUGGAUGCGAAAGACGUUUGAGUACGCGGAGAGAGGUAGUGAUUUAAAUCCAGAUUAUUUAAAUUGGAUCAGCUGAAGUGUGUUUUAUAACUAAACCAUCUGGCCCCUUUGUUUUGCUCAGAGGAAGUAAAUGUUCAUUUAACUGAAAUUGAAAACGCUAUGUGGCAACAUGAAAGAGCUCUCUGUACUUUCUCCAUGCUGCCUCAAAGGUCCUUUGGUGUUCAGGGUCAGUGUCCCACCCUCCGCUCCAAGAGGGCGGGAGAGUGGAAAGCAGAGAUGCAAGCUCUGGCAGCUGCAGACAGAUGUGCUUCCCCGAGCACUGGUUGUGCCUCCCCUCAGUAAAAACAUUUUUAGUUUGCUUCCUUAAUUGUAUAAUUAUUUAUUUGUAAAUUAUAUACAUGUACUACUGUACUAAAAUAUUAUGUACAUUAUAAAACAUACACAAAAAUAGAAAUUUAAAAAAGAUGAGAUGAAAAUAAAUGUAAGUCAAAGUUCUAA